GGACCAACGACAUGAUCUGAGAGACCAUGUCUUAUGACCAUGAUGAGUGUACUUGUCGUGAGACUUGAUUCCACCAAUCCUGAUGCCCGUUAAUUCAAUUCGAAUGUAUUCUGUCGUACAAUCAUGACGCAAACAAGAAGCAAGAAAUCCACAACUUCGAUUUUUAGUAACCUGGAAGAUGACAGUUCAGAAAGUUAUGGAGAUGGACUACGUUUCCUCAAAUCAAACAUGGUUAAAGCUCAACGAAAGCUAGAAAGCUCGCCUCCUCCUGGUAGUGAAGAAGAUGAGUUGACGGCAGACUUGCUUGUCCCGUACACUGCAGUUGUGGACCGACAAAAGCAGCAAUCGAAACGAUAUGUCUUAAGAACCCCUGAUGACCUAUCGACUCCUCAAAAGGAAAGGAUCUUGACAGCGCCGGCCGAAAAAGAGACCAAAAACAGCCUCAGUCACCGCGCUGGUAUUGUGUCACCCGCCGCUCAUUCGGAAGCUAUGAGUACUUUGGAAAACACCUUUAUCUUCCAAGAGGGUGAUGAUGGAAGGUUGAGAGACUACUCUUUGCUGUCUCUCGCUGAAUGUGAUGACUCAACACAAGCAGCACCGACCCCAAUGAUGCUUACAGAAGAUAUGCCUGCGGACGCUUUUUCAGCUGGCUUCAUUGUUUUGUCAGUUGAUGAGUUAGCCGAGGUGGACAGAACAUCAGCCCGGGAAAUGAACUCUACCAAACAGAAAAUUCAUGCAACUAGGGAAUGCGGUAAAUCCGCUGAUCUACAAGAAAUUCCCGAAAUUCCCUCGUCUGUGUCUGAGGUGGAAGAAUGCCUGGAACAGGAACAGACAUGUUCUGUUGCGGUUUCCAAAUGCUCAAACAGCUCAAAAGAACCGAAAUGUGAUCCAUAUAGUGACGAUCUCCCAAGAGCAGUUUCAUCUACCGAUCCUUCAACCAUGGCUGGUGAAGUAGAUGCGGUUGGUCAAUCUGAUUCAAGGUCACAACAAGCGAACGAGGAAUACUGUGACGAUUUUGAGUCAGAGGAUGAAGAGGCAGCUUCGGUUGUGAAAUCACCAGGAACGAAAACCUCGAUCAUGCAUGAGUGCGAAGUUGGGAGUUCCUCAAAAAGGACUGCAAAAUACAAGAAAGACCGUGUCCGAGCCACAACCACCACACAGAGGUCCAAUCAAACAGCAGAACAUAAAGCUUCCAGGUCAAACUCCGCCGCAAGCAAGUCACCAGAAAAUGACAAACAUGCUAGUGCUAAAUAUGCACGCAGGUCGGUUGAAGUUCAGACCUCCUGGACCGGAGAUAUCCUUCCUACAUACCAACCGUCAGUGCCCGCUCAACGCCAGCUGUGGAAUGAACCCCAGAAUUUUCCGUCCGUUAUUCACUACACAGCUCCUGAACCAUGGCCAAUCUUUGACAAAGGAGCAAUACAAUCAUUAGGUGGAUACAACCCGUGUCUAACCGCUCUGGACAACAUUUUACGUCAGCAAUUGCACAUUACGCGUGAAUUCAUGUCGUCUCAGCAUCAGUUACACAGAGCACUGAGCACAACAAUCAGUCGUUGCUUUACUACCGAAUAUCCCACAUGGACGAAUACGAUGCAGAUCCUGACAUCUGAGCGACCUCGAUAACACUUAUGGUGGAGGCCAGUUCUCGCAGGACAACCAGUUGACGUCAGCCAAGUUUCUUCUCAUACGACCACUAUGGCCAGCAUAUGAGAAGAUUCUUAACAAAACUCGUGAAUGUUUCAAAGUUUGAAUCCUAAUAGCACUGCAUAUGAGAAGUGAUGUAACAAAAUGCGUAGUAAAAGUUCUGUCUCUGUG